AGUUGCAUGUCCUAUAAAUAAAGGACCUGCCUUGCACGGUAUUACCACCAUUCAUAACCCUUUCACAAGGUUUCCCAAACUAUAUCCCAUAUACUCUCUCUGUCUCAGACUACUUCAUAUUCGCCAAACAAAAAAGAUGAAGCAAAAGAUGGUAAUUAAACUGCAAUUAAAUGACCAGAAGGGUCGCUCCAAAGCCCUCCAGAUUGUAGUUGGUAUUUCAGGAGUGGAGUCAGCAGCUUUACAGGGUGCGGACAAGGACGAGAUAGUGGUAACCGGAGAUGGGGUGGACGCGGUUGUGCUGACGACGGCGCUGAGAAACAGCAAGAGCAAGAGCAUAGGCUAUGCCGAGCUGGUAAGCGUCGGCGAAAACAAGAAAGAGGAGGAGAAGAAAGAGACCAAAAAUGAGGCCGUUGUGUAUCCUACCCCGACUUGGACCUGUUACGCCCAGUACCCGCAAAAUCGCCAAAUGGUAUAUGAACAUCCCACUCAAGACAAUUGCUCCAUUAUGUGAUUAAUUGCAUAAAAUGGAGUGGAAUUUGUGUCGGUUUUCAGAGGAAUUUGUAUUUGUAGAAGCGAAUUAAUAAUAUUCCAGGUUGAUGAUGCUUGUUUGUGAGAUAAUUAUUCUAUAUAUACACUCUGAUUUUUUGUUUUUGUUUUUGCCAGAACAUAUACAAAUAACAAGUUAGUCCAUGUAUUGUUAUUCAACUUGCACUAAUAUAAAGUAUGUGUUGUCUUA